AUGAGAUUCAAUUUCACUCCCCUUUCCCUGGCCUUCUGCAUUUUCAAGGGAAGGUUUACUUUAGCGGCUCCUGCCGAACUUGAGACUCAAGGAGCUACAACCCACCAUUUUACUGAAUUGUCGUCUGUCAACAUUUCUAUGAUGGCCACAACUCCAAUGCCAAAAUGGCUUUCUGAUGUUACUGGACUAAAAGAAUGGCCAGGAGCGGACCCACCUUACAUUCCAUUGGACUUCAUUGACUUAAAAGCAAUACCGAACUUUCCCCCUCGGCCAGCAGGUACAUGUCCCCCAGACCGUUCCAGCUGCUCGUUUGAUUGUUUCAAAUGCAUUUCCUUCGAUGAUGCUUACACAUGUCCCGUCCUUUCUCAGACCUUCGAUGACGGUCCUUCAGCUUCAACGCCUAAACUGCUUGCAGGUCUGGAUCACAAAACCACAUUCUUCACUGUUGGGAUGAAUGUAGUUCGGUAUCCAGAAAUCUAUAACCAGAUCAAACAAAAUGGGCAUUUGCUUGGCUGUCACACAUGGUCUCAUAAGUUUUUGCCAGGUCUAACAAACGAGCAGAUUGUCGCUCAAUUGGAAUGGUCCAUCUGGGCGAUGAACGCGACUGGCGCCCAUUUGCCGAAAUGGUAUAGACCUCCAUACGGUGGUGUUGAUGAUAGAGUUAGACAAAUUGCUAGAGCUUUUGGAAUGCAAGCUGUUCUUUGGGACUAUGAUACAUUUGAUUGGAAAAUGGAGACAUCACCACCAUCCAAAACAGCCAGUCAGAUUUUCAACGAUGUGAAACAUUGGAAAGCUUCUGGGUCAACCGGUCUUAUUCUCGAACAUGAUGCUUAUGCGUCUACAGUUGACGCAGGAAUCGAAGUGAGCAAAAUUUUAGGCACUAGUCAAAUGACAGUUGCUGAAUGUGUUGAUAGUAUUGAUUAUAUCAAAACCUAUGACUGA